UCGUCAUGUCGGAUACAUGGAGCAACAUCCAGGCGCACAAGAAGCAGUUGGACUCUCUGCGGGAGAGGCUGCAGCGGCGGCGGAAAGACCCAACACAGCUGUCGGCGGACGGUGGAGGCAGCACAGAUGGUUCCACAGCUAGGAGCGACAGCCCGGCUCCAUCAGCUCCACCACCCGCUCAGGAGGAGACUGAAAAACCACCAGAUCCUGAACUAGAGAAGAGGCUGCUGGGAUAUUUGUCUGAUCUGAGUCUUUCAAUGCCGACAGACUCCCUUGCCAUCACAAAUGAGCUAAACAGUUCUGAAUCAACCAUCACUCAUGGAUGCAUCCAGAGUCUUCUGUUGAAAUUCUCAGCUCAGGAGCUCAUUGAGGUCCGGCAGCCUAAUUUAGCCUCUUCUUCUACAACUUCUUCCGCCACAGUCGUCGUAGCAGUGGAUCAUACAAAACUAUGGGCUAUGAUCGGGUCUGGGGCUGGAGCUCAGCGGACUGGAGUCAAGAGGAAAGCUGAAGACCAAACACAGCACAAAAGAGCUCCAGGCUUCUCACCCUCGUUACAGAGCUCUGCUUCUCCUCCGCGCUCUACCACCACCUCCCUGACGCCAGCAUUGUCCUUGCAGAUGGCGGGGCCAUCGGCGUCAGGGAGCGGAGCAGAGAAGAAGGGCAGGAGCAGUAAAAGCCAGUCGUCUCACGUGGACAUGGAGAUUGAGAGCCUCCUGAACCAGCAGUCCACAAAAGAGCAGCAGAGCAAGAAGGUGAGCAGAGAGAUCCUGGAGCUGCUGAACACCAGCACAGCCAAGGAGCAGUCCAUCGUGGAGAAGUUCCGGUCUCGCGGCCGCGCUCAGGUCCAGGAGUUCUGCGAUCACGGGACCAAAGAGGAGUGUGUGCGUUCUGGGGACACACCUCAGCCGUGCACAAAGUUACACUUCCGUCGCAUCAUCAACAAGCACACAGACGAGAGCCUCGGCGACUGCUCCUUCCUCAACACUUGUUUCCACAUGGACACCUGUAAAUACGUCCACUAUGAGAUCGACAGUCCUCCGGAAGCUGAGGGGAGCCUGCUGGGGCCCCAGGCCGGGACCACAGAGCUUGGCCUGCACGAGGGGGACGCGGACAGCAACGUUGGCAAACUAUUCCCUUCACAGUGGAUCUGCUGUGAUAUCCGCUACUUGGAUGUUUCCAUCCUGGGUAAGUUCGCCGUGGUGAUGGCCGACCCGCCAUGGGACAUCCACAUGGAGCUGCCCUAUGGCACGCUGACUGACGACGAGAUGAGAAAACUCAACAUCCCCAUCUUGCAGGAUGACGGCUUCCUUUUCCUCUGGGUCACCGGCAGGGCUAUGGAGCUGGGCAGAGAGUGUCUCAGUCUUUGGGGGUACGAGCGUGUCGAUGAAAUCAUUUGGGUAAAAACCAACCAGCUUCAGAGAAUCAUCCGCACAGGGAGGACGGGCCAUUGGCUGAACCACGGGAAGGAGCACUGCCUGGUGGGUGUGAAAGGAAACCCUCAGGGAUUCAACAGAGGUUUGGACUGCGAUGUCAUCGUAGCCGAGGUCCGCUCCACCAGUCACAAACCAGAUGAGAUCUACGGCAUGAUAGAGAGACUCUCACCCGGCACCAGGAAGAUCGAGCUGUUCGGUCGACCCCACAACGUCCAGCCCAACUGGGUCACUCUCGGAAACCAGCUCGAUGGCAUUCACCUCUUGGAUCCUGAAGUCGUGGCUCGCUUCAAGAAGCGCUACCCAGACGGCGUCAUCUCCAAACCCAAGAACAUGCAGUGACGACGUCAUCAGUGGACACAGGUCUGGAGAAGUUUGCUGUGAUCAUCUAUAGACAGGUUUUUUUGUUUAUUUUUUUUUUAUACUAAGGAGCUAAUUUUUAAAUAAAUAUUGUUAUGAUACAUUGUCUGUGUCUUUGUUCAGAUACUGUGAGCGAAUAAAACCACACGUGGAAAUAAUGUGAAUUA